GACGGUCACAGGUGAAGUGGGAUAGUGGGACGUAUGUGAAAAGUGCAGGAAACAAGAGCAAACUUGGGUUGUCGUUAGAGCAAUGCGGAGGAGAGGCAUCGUGCCUUGGGAUAUAAGCACGGAAUUUCCAUCUUUCUUCCGCUGAAAUGCAGUGCAUGUCUGUAAGGGAAAUAACAAAAAAGCAGGAACAGAACAGAAACGGGGAGUAAGAUGUGGAUGAAUUGACACUAUUGCAUCUAUACCCAUAUUAUUCACUUAAGACAACUUGCUUUUGAAAAUGGCCGUUCGCAGCAACUCUAUAAUGCCAUUCUCCAUCCAAGCCAUUCUGAACAAAAAAGAAGAUAGUCGUCAUGGCUUGACAGAAUUGGACAUGUGCUUCUCAAAGAAUGCUUGUUGGAAAAUAUUCGGGGAAAUGGAUAAUGGGCCAGAGGAUUUAGCCAACGCGUGUAGAAGUGACAAGGGGACUUGCGUGCCCAGCGACCAUAAAAGUUAUGACUCGGAUUCGGGUCUCAGCGACGACAAUCACAGCAAUACCAUUGCCAUUUCCAAGCCAGAGAAAGACAGGGACCGAGCUACGGACGUACUGGAGGAGAGUUUGCAAGAAGAAACGGACCACGAGUCCACUGCCGUCGAAAACGCAAAGGGAAUCAGUGACUGUGAGCCUAGUGUUUCGGAUUCCAACAACCUAGACGAGGCCAGUUGUGAUAAAAGUACGGAUCAACCUAAACAGAGGAAGAAGCGCUCCCGAGCUGCCUUCUCUCACGCUCAAGUGUUCGAACUAGAACGGCGGUUCAAUCACCAGAGAUACCUAUCCGGGCCAGAGAGAGCAGACCUGGCUGCCUCUUUGAAGCUGACAGAGACUCAAGUCAAAAUAUGGUUCCAAAACCGCAGAUAUAAAACGAAACGUCGUCAAAUGGCUGCAGAUUUGCUGGCAUCGGCCCCUGCAGCCAAGAAAGUGGCUGUGAAAGUUUUAGUCCGUGACGACCAGAGACAGUACAGUCCCGGGGAACUACUGCGGCCUCCUCUUCUGUCCCUCCAGCCGUCAUAUUACUAUCCCUACGCGUAUUGCCUUCCUGCAUGGACACUCUCCGCUUGUGCUGGGAAUCAAUAAAUUGAAUUAUCAUAUGUAUUUAUUCUUACCUGGAAAGCGAGGUAUUUAGCCUACUUUCGAGGAAAAAAGACGGGCCUAAUGAACUCAAAGGCCUUACUGCUCAACGUCUCAAAUUGAACACUGCCUCGUGGGGUUCGUGUCUAGACUGUAAAUGUCACCUUUGAUGGAGUAGCGAUGACACAUAGGCCAUUGUUGCAGUGUUUCCUCUCAGAGCAGGCCCCAUAUGUCUGCGUUGGACAAACCAAAGCUUCAGUGACACUUCGAAAACCUUUGUUAUGUCUAUUGUUUUAUUUGUUUUGCUGCGAUUGUAGGGAAACGGUAAGAUUUUCAGCACUUUUCAAAAACUAGAGAUGUUGUGUGGGCAUGCAGGCUAUAUUUGACAAUGUUGUUGUUGAUUUGUUUGACUUAUGACCUGUAACUGUGGCAGGAGAGUAUAGCUAACCAUGGAACUAUUGUUAACUAUUGUUAGGAAAGUACUUAUUUUUUAAUUGUUGUUCUAACAAGACUGUUUAUGUAGAUCGAAUUCAAGCAUUAAAACAUAUCAGGCAUAG